AAGCUGUUUCAGUCUGUGCUCAUGGGCUGGACAGUCUAUACUCAGCCGGUAGUGACAUGACAGCUCUUCUUCUCCACACGCUCUCCUGUUGUGGAUUAUCUGUGUUGAGUGUUUUGGAUUGUUUGGAUGGCAUAUUCUGAGGUGAAAGGGAUUCCCACCCCGGGGGAAAUUCCACAACUGUGUCCUGGCACAGAGUGAGGAGAGGAGGAGGAAAGGAAUAAGAAGGAAGACAGCAGAAACUUUUUCACCUCAUCUUUGCCUCUGCAAGCGUUUUUCUUUCCAUGGGAGGAUGGGGGCAGGAGCUCUGACCAUCUGUCACAACAAGACGGCAGUGCAGGUUAAAGAAGACAUGAAGAAGAUGGUGCAGAUACCCAUGCUGAGACCCAGGAUGGUGGGAGCAAAGCACACCAAGCUGUUUGGAGCGUCCCUGUUUGAGCUGCGUCAGAGGGGCCUGGUGGAGAACGGUGUGCCUCUGGUGGUGCAGAGGAUGGUGGAGCAUCUCCGCAAUCAUGCCCUGCAUCAGGAAGGCCUGUUCAGAGUGAAUGGGAACGUCCGGGCUGUGGAGACCCUGAAACAGCGGCUGGAGGGAGGCGAGGAAGUGGACCUUCUCUCUGAAUCUGACACGUGUACAGUGGCUAGUUUGCUGAAACGGUAUCUCAGGGAGCUGCCAGACGGUCUGGUAGACUCAACAGUCCAGCAGGCUCUAAUACAGCACUUCCAAGAGUGCGGUGAUGAUGGCUCUUGGUCAGAUAUGAGAGACCUGCUCCAGCAGCUUCCAGAUGUUCACCACAGCCUCCUCCGCUACCUCUGCCACUUCCUUACGCUCGUCGAGUGCAACCACAAAGACAACCGCAUGACUGCCCUCAACCUCGCCACCGUGUUUGGACCCAGCGUCUUCCAUGUGGCUCCUGGGUUUGAAGCAAUGAAGGACCAAAAUAUCUGUAACAAGCUCAUGGUCAAGCUCAUACAGAACUACAGCAACAUUUUUGAGGAAGACAAAGAAAAAGAAAGCUGCUCAGAAGAACUAUCUACCCUAAUCAUUGUCAAGGAGGCGUGCGUGAUGGACACAAACACAAAGUCACCCAGCCACCUCAAUGCGAAGACACCAACACCAAUUCCCAGGACAAAAGUUGGACAAAAAGACGUUCCAGAAAACGUACCCGGACCUUUGAUCAAAUCCACCUCUAACACUGCAAAGGCAAGAUCAAGGAGGAAGAAGGUGAAGAAAGGGAAGAGUGACAGCAUGCCUGAAGUUGUCCUUCAGCCCAGCCGCUCUGCACACUUGCCUCAUGUGAGACCUGGCUCCAUUCCAAUAGUUUUGUCCCUAAGUUCUGAACUGAGAAGCCCAAGUCCAGAGGCGAUGGAGACAUCUCCCAUAACUCUGGCUCACCGAGACACCCCAGACCCUGCCUCGCACCCCAGCCAUCUUGAUGUCAGCCCCUCUGGUAGCAUGGAAGCCCUCAGUAGUUCCCAAGAAGAAGAGAGGCCAAUAUCUCCUUUCUACAUGAGUAACCACCUCUCCCCUGUCCACUGCAGACCAGAUGUGGUGAAUUUCCUGGACAAGACCAUACGAUCAACAGUAGAGCAGCACCUCUUUGACGUGAACCCUUUGCGGGAUCAAAGUUCAAAGGAGUGUGAAUUGACAUCUCCAAAAGUGACGCCAACUGCUCGACAGAGACGUCGACACCAGAGAGAGCAGCAGGAGGAAGGACUCAGACAACGAGAGAGAAACGGAGCUGCAUCCAUCACAGCAGACACCAACAAGGAGAACAUCCCAUCGAGCUGUCGAAGCAGUUCGGGCAGCGUGGGGGAGGACGCAGGCGGUGGCAGCAGCAACGUGGACGCACAGGGAGGCCAGACCGCUCACACUGAGCGAACCCCCAAACCCAGGAAGUCAAAACACAGUCCCACGCUGGUGCUACUCACUGACAAUCAGGAUGCACACACAGUAAAGGAGUGUGUUGAUGAGAGACCUGGACCAAAGCCCAUGGAGACAUCUCAGACAGGGAAUGGCAUUUCAAGAAAAAAUGGUCUUCCUUCUCCUCCACAGACGUUAAGGAUGAAGAUCCAGGAGUCGCCUGUCACUUGUGACACGGGGAGGGUCAGCAGCGGAGAGGUGCGGGACUCGGACUGUGAGAAGACGAGCUGCGAGGAUGUUCCCCGGCUGGACCUCACAGCACUGACCGAGGACGACAACUGGGGAGAAUCUUCAUUCUUUAACAUCCCUUUCCUUGAUUUCAAAAGCAUUUUCCAUCCAAGUUUUUGUGAUGAACCCGUCCCAGCGUUCUCAUCACUGCAGAGGGAGAGCAUGGACCGCGAGGAAGCUCGACUGUCCCCUCACGCGGGGGGGCGACCGAUCCGCCAGCUGCUGGAGGAAGACAGCGACCCCAUGCUGUCACCUCGCUUCUACACCUACGGACAGUGCCAGCAGUACCUGGACGACACUGAAGUGCCUCCCUCACCGCCAAACGCACACUCGUUUGUCAGUCGCAGACGGAGUUCAUCUCUCGGCUCCUGUGACGACGAGAAAGAGGAGUUGACAUCGGCUCAGCUCACAAAGAGGGUUCACUUCCUGAAGAAGAAGAUCCACAGAUUUGAGGAGAAGUUUGAAGAUGAGCGAAAAUACAGGCCUUCCCAUAGUGAUAAAGCUGCAAACCCAGAAGUGCUGAGGUGGGUAACUGAACUGGCCAAACUCCGCAAAGAGCUCAAAGAACACAAGCUGAUGAAGUCUGAGGAGGAUCUUCCACCACUGACCCGUCAGCGCAGCAACACUUUGCCUAAAAGCUUCGGCUCUCAGCUGGAGAAGAAACCGCAGCAGGAGAAAGUGCCGAAGCCGCCGGUGGAGAGCACGCUGGAGACCAUUUUAAAGAAGCUGCAGGAGAAGAGGGAGGAGGUGAACCGCCCCGAGGACAUCAAGGAUAUGACACGGGAGCAGAUCGGAGCAGAGAAAGUCGCCCUGCAGAAAGCUCUCCUCUACUACGAGAGCAUACACGGACGACCAGUCACCAAAAGUGAGAGGCAAAUCAUGAAGCCGCUCUACGACAGAUACCGCCUGGUCAAACAGAUCCUGUGCAGAGCCUCCACCAUCCCUGUCAUUGGCUCCCCCUCCAGCAAGCGCAGAGGGCCGCUGCUUCAGCCCAUUAUCGAGGGCGAAACCGCGCUCUUCUUCGAUGACAUCAAGGAGGAGGAGGACGGCUCAGAGGACGACGGAGACUCCAAGACUCAGUUCACCGUGACCGAGCGGCCCGACCUCAGCGUCCUCGGCUUCCUCGACCACAUGGAGGAGGAAGCGGACGGUUUCAUUUCGCCAGUGGAUGAGCUCUCGCCGUCUCAAAACACAACAGACAUGAGGCUGUCGAACCUUCACUCCGCCACCAUGCCGGAGCUGGUGGAACAGCUCCAAGAGUCCAGAGAGGAGAAGAAGAGGAUCCGCAAAAACCUGAAAGAGUUCGAGGACCAGUUCUUCAGACAGAACGGAAGAAAUGUGCAGAAGGAGGACCGCUCCCCAUUGGCAGUGGAGUACAACGAAUACAAGCAUGUUAAAGCCAAACUGCGGCUGCUGGAAGUCCUCAUCAGCAAAAGAGAGUCGUCCAAGUUCAUCUGAGGAAAAAAAAGAAAUAUAUGACGGACCGUUGCUCUCACACACACACACACACA